GCCUCCCCUCAGAUGCUGAGCGCCGCGACUCGCGCCGUGGCUCGCGCCGCUGCCCGCUGCGCCCGGUCCUCCCGCGGAGCCGCCCGCUCCCGCAACCCUCGUGCCACCGCCGCCACCGCCAUGUCCCGCGCCGCCUCCUCGGCGGCCCGGGCCCUGCCGGCCUCCGUGCUGGGCACGAUGGAGAUAGGCCGGCGUAUGGACGGGUCAGCCGGCGCGGCCGCCGUGCGUGCCUUCCUGGAGCGCGGCCACCGCGAGCUGGACACGGCCUUCAUGUACAGCGACGGCCAGUCCGAGAGCAUCGUGGGCAGCAUGGGCCUGGGGCUGGGGGACGGCGGCAGCAGAGUGAAAAUUGCUACCAAGGCUAAUCCCUGGGAUGGGAAGUCUCUCCGUGCAGACAGUAUCCGCUCCCAGCUGGAGACCUCCCUGACGCGCCUGCAGUGCUCCCGAGUGGAUCUCUUCUACCUGCACGCACCUGACCACAACACGCCAGUGGAGGAGACUCUGCGUGCCUGCAAUGAGCUGUACCAGGAGGGUAAGUUUGUAGAGCUGGGCCUCUCUAACUAUGCCUCCUGGGAAGUAGCUGAAAUCUGCACCCUCUGCAAGAACAAUGGCUGGAUCCUGCCCACUGUGUACCAGGGCAUGUACAACGCCACCACCAGGCAAGUGGAGACAGAGCUCUUCCCCUGCCUGCAUCACUUUGGACUGAGGUUCUAUGCCUACAACCCUUUGGCUGGUGGCCUAUUGACUGGCAAGUACAAGUAUGAAGACAAGGACAAAAAGCAGCCGGAAGGCCGAUUCUUUGGUAACAGCUGGGCUGAGACCUACAGGAAUCGCUUCUGGAAGGAACAUCACUUUCAAGCCAUUGCUCUUGUGGAGAAAGCGCUGGCGGCAUCCUAUGGGGCCAACGCUCCCAGCAUGACCUCCGCAGCCCUCAGGUGGAUGUACCACCACUCCCAGCUGCAGGGUUCCCGUGGAGAUGCUGUUAUCCUGGGCAUGUCCAGCCUGGAGCAGCUGCAGCAGAAUAUGGCAGCAUCAGAGGAGGGCCCACUGGAGUCUGGGGUGGUGAAGGCCUUUGACCAGGCCUGGCAUCUCGUCGCCCAUGAAUGUCCCAACUACUUCCGCUAGCUCCAGGCCUGGGGGUGGGGAGGCCCCCUUCUUGACACUGGCCGCCCCCGUGCUCUCAACCCCAUCAGCCGCCCUUUGCCUUAAGCUGCUGCAGCUUCAGCUCUGUCUUUCAGAUUGUCCCCAGUCUCUGAAUCAAUGGUUUUUCUAGCCUCCCUCCCAGGGGUGAGACCUCUGACCUCCUGCCCUGGUGGCUGUCCCUGUUGAGAAGGGUGAGGGCCGAGCCCAGCUCUGCUCUGUCCUGAUGGAAUAAAAGCUAGUAUUGCAAGA